AUGACGUCGCCUGCCAACCAGCAGAACCCCCCGGCGACCAAUACUUCCGCACCCUCGGCGUCGUAUGCCUCUGCUGCAGGUGCGCCUCAGAAGUCCUCCCAGAACCAGCCGCCUGUAAACGCGUCUGGCUCCCAGGACUCGACUACCGUUGGCACAUCAGCGUCGCCAGCGCAGAAUGCAAAGUCGGCCUCACCUGCUCCUGUAAACGGCAAGCCUGUCGUCAACCCUGCGAUCCCUGCGGCCCCUCGCGGACCGUCCCACGGCGCCCACUCGCGCCAAACCUCUGUGACCAUGGCUACCAACGGUCCCAGCAGCUUCGCCGCCAACGGCGGCCAUGCUGCUACUGCCAAGUCAAACAUCCAGUUUGGCUUCGGCUCCCCCGGGGCCGCCCACAGUUCUCCUCAGGCAGCCAAUGCCGCCCCUAUUCCCAUCCCGGGCAAUAACGGCAACCCUCGCGUGGCCUCGCCCGCGCACUCUCCUUCCCCCAUCCCGCAGCCUUCGGCCAGCGGGGGCAGACCUCCCUCUGGCCUCUCCCAGGCCGGCGGCCAGCAGAUGACGUUUGGCAGUCUCGGUAGCGAUGGCGAUCGUCACAUGAGACAAGGCUCAGUCCCUCCCAAUCAAAAUGUCACCGCCGCGCAGCAGCCAGGAACCCAUUUCCGCCGUGACAGCCACAACUCCAACUACAGCGAGGGACGGCCAAACUUUAAUCAAGGUGGCCGAGGACGUGGCUUCAACCCCCACAACAAUUUUAACAACAACCAGAUGGGCUUUCCCCCUAACAAUUUCAACCGAAACGGUCCCGCACAGGGCCGCGGCAUGCCUCCUGCUUUCCAGCCUCAAGGUCCCCGCAACAUGGGCUACCCUAACUCACCGCAGCCAGCUGCCCGAAGCCCUGCCAUGCACAAUGCGAUCCCCGGAAACUCAAUGCCCGGCACUCCAAACAUGCCCCCAGCGCAGAUGGGUGGUCCGAUGCCGAUGCACGGUGGCCAGCCUGGCUUCAACCCGUACAACGCGGGCAUGCCUCAGCAACAAGUACAUCUUCCCCACAAGCAGACCUACAAAAAGCCAUUUUUCAAAGCACCUCACAAGAAGACCAAGUUUCGUCGCGACACGGACAGGUCGAGCCAAAUGUCGGGCCGUUCAGAGGGCUUGCGCGAGCAUCCAAACUUUGACAACUACGCCCAGCCUCCUCGGAGUCGCCGUCAUGACGAACGUUUUGGCCGUGACAAGAGCUGGGUCGGCGCCGAAAUGGAGCCAGCUCGCAACACCUCUGACAGCCAUUUGGAGAAGUCUCCAAAACAACACUCCUGCAUCCCGCAUCACCUACCCGAGCACAUCACCGCACACCCACCGGCUUUGAAGCCUGGUCCCCCUUCCUCAAUCGAUCUCUCACCCUGCGGGGGCAAUUUUGAACAAUAUUUGCUGACUUGCAAAAAGGGCUAUGGCGGCUAUGGUGCUCAAGCAGACCCCUAUGGCCGACCCUAUGGCAACUACCAGGCCCCUUACAUGGGCCACGCUAACUCUCCAGGUUUCAACCCGGCCUACGCUGCGUCUCCCCAGUAUCACCACCAAUCUCACAGUAUGUCGCGCACGCCUUCGCAGCCCGAGAGACCUGCCAGUGCCAGCCAGCAAGGCGGUCCAGUAGUCGUCGGCGGCUCGAACAGCAAGCAAGGAACCCCAUCUCAGGCCAAUGCCGACAUCUUCUCCAAGCCUGGCAAGAAGAGCGCGGCUCUUGUUAUUAAGUCCUCGUCUGGUGAGGUUCUUGAUACUUCCACGUUCAAGGCCCCCCCUGCAUCGCCGGCACCAAGCAGCCAGCAGACCAAGACUCCUCCUGUUGCCUCCUCGACUUCAACUCCUCCUCCCAAGCCGUCUACGCCUGCAGGGCACGGCCGCACGGACAGCCACGCUGUCCAGAAGUCGGUCAAGGAGAUCCAAGAAGAAUUAAAGGAGAAGAUCAGGCUCGCCACCGCAAAGGAUGCUCCCAAAGCUGGAUCUGGCAUCGAGGCCAAGCCUACCGAGUCGGCUCCAGCCAAAACGGAGGAAAAGCCUGCCGAAAAGCCCGCUGCGGAAGCUCAGCCCCCUGUCGAAGCUAUGAAGGCUGAGCCUGGGAAACCGGCGGAGAGCAACGCUGAGCCUGAUGAGGACGAGAUGGAGCGUAUGAUCCGUGAAAUGGAGGAGGAAGACGCCCGGCGUGAGGCUGCGGAAGAGGAGCACCGCAAGAAAACCGAAGCGAAGAAGGCUGCCGAGAAGGAGCAGGCCGAAAAAAACCGUCUGGCCAACGCCGCCGAAGAAGAUCGCAAGCUUCGCGAGCAGGAACGCGAAAUGGAGCGUCUCGAGGAGGAAAAGGAGCGCAAGCGUGCUGAGGCCGAGAAAUCGGGCCAGUCUGCUUCUGCCAGUGAUCUCUUGGAGAGCAAUACUGCCGCUGCCAAGGAAGCUGAGACCUCCAAGGUGGACUCUGUGACCGACAAGCUUGCUGGCAUGAAACUCGAUGCUAAGCCUGCGGCUGGUGAGAAGCGCGGCAAGCCAUCGGCGCUCAAUCUCGCACCUCUAAAGACGAGCGCGGUCGAGCCCGCCCAGCCUAGUGCGGCUCUCCAGUCACUCAAGUCUGCGCGCUUCCUCCGCGUCAUGGACCAAGACAUGUACCCGGAGGGCAUCAAGUCUCCCAACCCUGCUCUCAACGCUGCUGUUGCCACCAAGGGCAAGACAUUCAAAUAUGAUGCCAACUUUUUGCUGCAAUUCCAGAAGGUUUUCACUGAACAGCCUUCGACCGAGUUCCACCAGCAGGUGAAGACUCUGAUGGGCGACAACGAAGCUCGCUCUGGGCGCGCCCAAACCCUUGGCGCUAGGCAACCCUCGGGGCGUGGUGGUAAUGCCUUCCAGAUGGGCGCCUUCAAUGCCAGCUCUUCGUCUGGUGGCCGUGCUCCGCCUGGUUCUACGUCUGCCGAGCGCUUUGCCAAAUCUCAGAGUGGCACACUACCGCGUCCUGGCACCAGUUCGAUGAACUCGUUCCGCGCACCUGGUAACUUCCCCAUGGGCCAGCCCAUGUCACGUCAAGCUUCAAACAACAUGGGUGGGUCUGGUCGCCAAGGUAGCCGCAAGCCUAGCCGCAAGGGCAAUGACGCCAAGGAGGCCCAGGCUGCUAAGACCAUGCCUCUGACCGCUGGCAUGGAUUUGAAGCCUAUUGCUGUUACCGCCGGCGGAUGGAAGCCUUCUAGUAUCGGUCGCAAUGCUGGUGCCGCACCAGGCGCCAAGGACGGCUACAUGGAUCCCGAAAUGGUCCAGAGGAAGGUCAAGGCUGCGCUCAACAAGAUGACGCCCGAGAACUUUGAGAAAAUCUCGGACCAGAUCCUCGCCAUCUCUGCACAAUCCAAGGACGAGACUGAUGGUCGCACACUGCGCCAGGUCAUCCAGCUUACCUUUGAGAAGGCCACCGAUGAGGCUCACUGGGCAUCCAUGUAUGCCAAGUUCUGCAAGAAGAUGCUUGAGAACAUCAGCCCAGAUAUCCAAGAUGAGCGUGUCAAGGACAGGGCUGGCGCCCCCGUCAGUGGCGGCGGCUUGUUCCGCAAGUACCUUCUCAACCGUUGCCAGGUUGAGUUCGAGCGCGGCUGGAAGCAGGAGCAAGAGGCCAAUAAGGCGGCCGAGGAUGCUGCUGAGGCCCAAGAAGCGAACAAAAAGCCCGGAGAGGUCGAGAUGCUGUCUGACGAGUACUACGCCGCUGCUGCUGCCAAACGCCGUGGUCUCGGUCUGGUUCAGUUCAUUGGUGAGCUCUACAAGCUGGGCAUGCUCACAGAGCGCAUCAUGAUUGAGUGUGUGCACAAGCUCGUCGACAACAAGGGUGUGCCCGACGAAGCUGAGAUUGAGUCGCUCUCCAAGCUUCUCCGCACCAUUGGUCAGAACCUCGAUAUGUCUGAGAAGGGCCGCCCUAUGAUGGAUGUCUACUUCCAGCGCAUCCAGGGCAUGGUCGACAUGCCUGAACUUCCCAGCCGUAUGAAGUUCAUGCUGAUGGACGUUGUCGAUCUGCGUAGGGCCAACUGGCACUCAAAGGAGACCAACAAGGGCCCCAAGACGCUGGAUGAAGUCCGCGCUGAGGCCGAGGCUGCACAAGCUGCCAAAGCUCAAGAGUCUGCGCGCGGCAACCAGCGUGGCGGCGGCGGUCGCCCCCCUGUCGGACGAGGCGACGCCCGCAACUUUUCUGCCGGCUACCAGCAGACCAGCAACCAGGUCGGCAUGGACGACUUGCGUCGUCUGAAGGGCACCGCCAAUCGUACCACCAGCGGAAACGUGACGCUCGGCCCUACCUCCAUGUUCUCGUCCCGCAGCAACAGCGGCCGACGUCUCGGCCCAGGCGGUUCUCUCGGUCGUGGCGGCGAGGAGUCUGGUGCCUCCUCGCGCACAGGAACGCCUCCAGUCAGGGACAACCCUUCCCACUCCAAUGCUUUCAGCCUCCUUGCAAACAUGGAUGGCGAGCACCCUGCUUCCCCCCCGUCAACCGCUGCCUCGCCCAACGUCUCCAAGGCUGUGCCCGACACCGGCAAGAAGGACGACGAAUAG